AUGUCCCAGACCAGCCCUUCCGCCUCCCUCGUCUCUCUCGUCACCACCGCCACUCAAGGGGCGGACGCGACGCCCUCCUCGUCCACCACUACUUUAGUGCGCAAGCCCGCACCCGCGGCACCGCCCGCUCAGUCCCCCGCCCGCACCCCAGCAACGGCGCCCGCUAAGAACUACGAAGCCGCGUUCGCGACCCUCUCCUCCUCGUAUGGCUUCGCGGGAACGGUCCUGACGAAGAACCCCAAGAAGAAGAAGGAGAAGAAGACGAAGAAGGGCACGGACAAGGCAGGUGACCAGGCCCCGAGCGGCCAGGCUCCCACUACUCCUUCGGCGCAGGGAUCGGGUGGCAGCGCUCAGCAGCAUGCGCCCGUGAAAUGAAUGGCGUGCGGCCGUCCAUCUACUCCAGCUAUCGUGACUUCGUAUCUCCUAGCUGUGUAUUUAUUAUUUUCCCGCUCUAUCAUCGGUUGUAAUGCGGUCCUGAGGAUGGGUGGCAAUCUUGUGUAGUUGAAAGUGUAACAAUGCUGAAAUGUUGG